CCGCGGAGAUGGCGCGGCACGUGCGGUGACCGCGCCCGCGCCCGCGCCCGGAGGGUGCCAGCCUUGCGCCCUACGUCCCUGGGAGAGGAUGGAGCGCCCGGAGCCGGAGCUGAUCCGGCAGAGCUGGCAAGCAGUGAGCCGCAGCCCGCUGGAGCACGGCACCGUGCUGUUCGCCAGGCUGUUUGACCUGGAGCCUGAUCUGCUGCCCCUCUUCCAGUACAACUGCCGCCAGUUCUCCAGCCCAGAGGACUGUCUCUCCUCCCCUGAGUUCCUGGACCACAUCAGGAAGGUGAUGCUUGUGAUUGAUGCUGCAGUGACCAAUGUGGAGGACCUGUCCUCACUGGAGGAGUACCUUGCCAGCUUGGGCAGAAAGCACCGGGCAGUAGGUGUGAAGCUCAGCUCCUUCUCGACAGUGGGUGAGUCCCUGCUCUACAUGCUGGAGAAGUGUCUGGGCCCUGCCUUCACCCCAGCCACGAGGGCCGCCUGGAGCCAGCUCUAUCAGACCGUGGUGCAGGCCAUGAGUCGGGGCUGGGAUGGCCAAUGAGAGAGGUGACUCCUGCCAGAGGCCUCUGUCUGUCUCUGU